UUAGGAAAGACCUGCUGGCCAUGGUGGUGCAGGAGUCUGAUGCCAUGCUGAGAGAGGGCUACAAGCUCCUCUUUGACCACCUGUAUGAGCACAGCAUCCCUCUGCUCAUCUUCUCUGCUGGAAUAGGAGACAUCCUGGAAGAGGUUAUUCGCCAGGCUGGAGUCUUCCACCCCAACGUCAAAGUCUUCUCUAACUACAUGGAUUUUGAUGAGUCUGGAGAGUUGAGGGCUUUCAAGGGAGAGCUGAUCCACAUCUACAACAAAAGGGAAGGUGCGCUGCUCAACACUGGCCAUUUCCAGGAGCUGCGGACGCGGCCUAAUGUGCUACUGCUGGGAGACUCUCUGGGAGAUCUGACCAUGGCUGACGGGGUGCACGAUAUGGAAAACAUUCUCAAGAUCGGGUUCCUCAAUGACAAGGUGGAGGAGAGGAAGCAAUCUUACUUGGACUCAUAUGACAUUGUGUUGUUAAAAGAUGAGACCUUGGAAGUCCCUAAUGCUAUAAUGCUCUACCUUACUGGCAAUAAUUGAACUGAGAAUUAAGAACACCAUUGGCCAUUUGGUAUUGAACACCCCAGUGCCAUCAGUUGAGGAAGCCCCUGCUCAGGAAGUGCCAGUUGAAGGCAUAUUUACAACCAACUAAGAAUGUUUCAUGAUAAUUUAUUAUUUUAAAAAACUAUUCACAAGUCCAGUUGACAGCCACAGUUCACGUACACCACGUCACCCUUUUAUACCCUUUUUUGUUCAUUGGCCUUCCUCUCAUGUUUAUGGUUAAACUGCUUUUGGGCCAUACUGUAUGUGAUGAAAGCCAUAUUUGCAACAUCAACCUACUGUGCAGCAUGUAAAGAGUGUGUGGAUAUGGGUGUUUUCUUAAUUUGUUUAUUUGGGGAAGAGAUAAGAUAAGAUUUGUCUUCACAUAGGAUGUAAUGAUAAAGGGAAAGAAAAACGCAAAACAUAAAUGACAGUACUUGACUUGGUAUCUGGUUUGAAACUGAUUUCGAGCCUCCUACAAUAAAGCUCCUUUCCCGCUAAUUUCCCGCUAAAAACUGAAAAGUUUUUUAAAAGAUAUAAUGUUUUCUUACUUUGUCAAGUCUUCCAAGUUUUUGGCCAUAUUGUCAAGCUUACAGUACAUGUUGUAUUUUUUAUGAAAACUAUUGUUUUUGUUGUGUUACACCACUGUGCUAGGUGCUGAACUAUGACACCUACACCUGUGUUUAAGAGUAAAAUAAAUGGGUAAACAAAAAUUUAAAAAAAAAGUCUACCAUACUUAAAAAGUAUUGUAGAGGUAACUGAGAGGUCGAAUUAAUGGUAAGAACUAACUACUACCUGUGUUACAGUAUUAUAGUAACAGGAUUUUCAGAUUUCUGUUGGUAUUUUACAUUAUUUCACCUUCACAGUCAUUUUAACAUUAUGGUUUUGAAAUUUUUUUUGAUACUUUCUGCACUGCAACAAACAAAAAUUCAUAAAACUCAACUACAUAUUAACACAACUACAGGUUAAUAAUACAAUAUCCAAAAUAAAAAUGUGUGCCAUGUACAGUCAUUCAUGAA